UGCUUGAUUGACUUGCUGCACAGAUCUCAAGGCGACGAGUAUGACUCGGAUGACAUGGAAGACGUGCAGCCGGACGCGUCCGGACGGCAUGUCAAAAGGGCACACCAUAAUGCAUUGGAACGGAAACGGCGUGAUCACAUCAAGGAAAAGUUCAACGAGUUGAGAGACACUGUGCCAUCUAUUGCUGGCGACAAGGCGUCAAGAUCCCUUAUUUUGAACCGAGCGACGGAAUUCAUAGUCACAAUGAAGCAGCGAAACACGGCUCACGAGGCCGAGAUCGAUGCCAUUCGUAAACAGAACGAGACGCUUCGCAAGCAAAUUCUAGAUCUCGAGAAUGGUCACAGCUAAUCCAUGUGUGGGCGAGCCCAGUGUUGUUUUCUUGUUAACUGCGCCCACUGGUUGUCUCGUCCGCUCCUCCGUUCAUUCUGGCCAGCUCUCUCCACCGACUCGGAUUUUACUUUUGAAAUUCUUCUGUUGCACUCCUUUCUUCAUUUGCUUUCCUUGUUUGUUCCUCUUGCCUUUUUGUUUUUUGUUUUCCUUUUGUCUGUCUUGUGUUACGUCUUUUGUUCCUUGACCUUGACUGGUGUUCCUGUUGGUACUUUUGUGCCACCCCACCGCCGCCCGCCCCCAUAUUCUUACUCUCUUAUGCACUCCCCCCCCCCUCCAUGUCAUCACUGCAAAUUCAUUGAAAUUUUUUGUUCAUGUUUC